CUUAAUGACUUCAAGGAUUGUCUGGUUUUGAUUGAUUGGGUUAUUUGAACUUGGUACCCUCCCUGAGCUGUCUUGAUGUACGAGGGUCACGGGCGAGUUCUGAUCGUCCCUUCCUGAAUCGUUGCUUUCGUUCUCCCUUUUCCCAACCCAUCGCUUAAAUCGGACACAAUGCAAGUCUCCGUCCCGGAUGCCAGUUCGGGGUCACCGUCCACGCCAAUUCCAGUACCAGUAUUACCCCCAGCUUCUGCCUCAAGCGUACCGCCGUUCUCAUCGACCCAACCGCAAACCACCGUGUCCAAGCACCUGUCCUCCGGACAAAAGCGAUCCGCUCACGAACUUGACGCGCCCAAUACCUCGACUCCUGUGAUUCAGGUUUCCGCGACCCAAGGCACAAGCCCAAUCCCGGUUUACACCGAUAACAAAGAGAACGGUACUGAUAUUUCGGGCUUGAAGGAUGGACCAAGUACUGUGAAUACUGCCUCACUGGCAGCCCCUGCGCAUCCUAAUACUGGGGAAGGAAACACAUCCAUCCCUAUUAACAACAUGGGGCAGGCUCAAUCCCAGGCGGAUGCGCCGUCCGCUGCUAAAAAGAGGAAGUUGUCGCCCGCCGAGCGGGAAGCUAAGCAGCAGGAGAAGGAAGCAAAAGAGCGUCAGAAGUUAGAGGAAAAGGCGAGGAAGGAUGAAGAGAGAGCUAAGAAAGAGGAGGAGAAGCGUAAGCGAGAGGCGGAGAAGGAAGAGGAGCGAAAGAAGAGAGAGGAGAAGAGGAAGGCCAGGGACGAGGAGAGAGCUGCUAGGGAGGAAGAAAAGCGAAGGAAAGACGAAGAAAAACUAAAGAAGGAAAGGGCGCAAAUGAAGCUGAAUUCGUUCUUCGUCAAACCAAAGGUUUCUAGUGAGCAGUCUUCUUCAGGAACUGUCGAAGGCUCACCAAAAAAGCCUUCAGGUGACGGCGUACCUGCUCGUUUGUCUGAUAGAACUCGUGAACUCUCUGACUACGAGCGGGAGUUUCCAGAUUUCUUUCUGCAUCCAAAUACGACUCUUGCGCCUCCGCACAGAUUCGAGAGAGAUGCCACAGCACUGGCUCAUCUACGAGAGAAACUUGACUCACUCUUAAGGAGCGGGUCCGUUGAACAACUGACUUUCCGACCGUCUGAGGUGUUCAAGCUAAUGCCGUAUAAAAGGAGACGCGGCUAUCAAAUAAUGUCAGUCAGGGAUAUCUUGCUUCAAAUGCAGAACUUGAAUGAUCUACCAGAAACCUCGGAAGCCGCUCGUAGGCUCCAGGAAUCAUUAAAACAAGUGCGGAUGAAAUCAUUAAAAUUUGGGGAAGAUGUAAGACCACCAUACCAGGGAACUUACACGAAGCGGCUUUCCAAGGAGGCGGCUACCAAGUUGAUGCGAAACCCAUUUAGCCGCGCGCUACCUGAGGUCAAUUAUGACUACGACUCUGAAGCAGAAUGGGAGGAUGCAGAAGAAGGAGAAGAGUUAGACUCGGAGGAAGAAGAGGAGGGUAGUGAAGAUGGCGAUGAAGAUAUGGAUGGGUUUCUCGACGAUGAGGAUGAUCACCUGGCAAACAGUAAACGACGUCUGCUUGUGGGUGAUCUUGAACCAGUUUGCACGGGCAUAAAAUGGCAGGACGAGGGGUCUGAUCCAGAGUUAGAGGCCUACAAACUCGAGAUCAUUCUACCCUCUGUUACAUUUCCAAUCGACCCGUUCUGUUCGUCGUACUGGUACAAGCCUCCCAAGGCUUCAGAACCCGGGCUGACCAACGUCAACGGUUUGGGACCACGUCCAAUCUGGAAUCAUCACACGGUGAACCCGGUAACACGGGACCCGGCAUCCAUGGCCGUGCCGAGUGGGAAGAAGGUGCCUAUCAACCCUAAACGGGCUUUUCCGCCAGACCAACUCGGAGAAUUCAAGGCUGUUGUUGAAGGAAGUGAUCUGACGAAGACUGGCUUGAUCGAAGUCCUGAAGAAACGAUUCCCGAAGGUGUCCAAAAACGUCCUCAAGGACACUUUAGACUCUGUCGCAACGCGGGUUGGACAAAAGGAAGCCGACAAGAAAUGGGUCUGCAAGUAGAAUCUGAUUCGUCUGUUCAAUAAAAACAAUCACGAUGGCCGAUUCCUAACCGUCGCGUUCGCCGAGAGAUAUGAUGAAAAUGAUAACGCCACUAUUAUUAGCUUCUAAGCGAUAAAACUAGGUACAAUACUGCGACUACGGUCUACUGCUGUGUCUUGGGUGACUGCAACCCCGUCAAAGAGCGGAUGGUUGUAUAAAAUCAUGACUGCUU